CAGUAGAAAAUCGUCUGCUGUCAGUUCGAGCACGGCGUCUGACGCGAGGAUCAUGACUUCACCUAACCAGACGCAGCUGUUUCAGCUGGAUUCUACAGCUGUAGAGAAUUUUCGCGAAUAUUUGCGAAUUCCCUCAGUGCAUCCCAACAUCAAUUAUGAUGAAUGUGUCGCCUUUGUUGAAAGACAAGCAAAGUCUCUUGACUUACCAGUCCGAAAAUAUGAAGUCUUUCCAAAGAAUCCAAUUUUGGUGCUCACGUGGGAAGGAACGGAACCGGAGAAACCCUCCAUACUCUUGAAUGGUCACAUGGAUGUUGUUCCUGUUUUUCCUGAAUUGUGGACGUACCCUCCAUUUUCCGCCCACGUGGACGAGAAGGGGAAUAUUUAUGCUCGCGGAUCUCAAGACAUGAAAUGCAUUAAUAUUCAAUACUUGGAAGCCAUACGACGUUUAAAGUUGAACGGCAUUCGUCUCAAGAGAACUGUUCAUAUUUCUUUUGUGCCCGAUGAGGAGAGGGGCGGUAGACUUGGAAUGAAGGAUUUCAUUAAAACUCAGGAUUUCAAAAAUUUAAAUGUCGGCUUUGCCCUCGACGAGGGAAUGGCGAGUCCAAAUGAUAAUUUUCUUAUAUUCUACGGCGAGAGAAGUAUUUGGCACGUUUGGAUUGAAUGCACGGGAAAACCUGGACAUGGCUCGUUAAUGCCCGACAAUACUGUUGGUGAAAAAUUCAUGAAAGUUAUUGAUAAAUUCAUGGAAUUCAGAGCAAGUGAAAAGGCUAAAUUGCGUGAUUCAAAAUUGAAAAUUGGAGAUGUUACUUCUAUCAAUUUGACGCAAGUCCAAGGUGGAGUCCAAAUGAAUGUGAUACCAAGUGAAUUGAGAGUUGGUUUUGAUAUUCGCAUUGCAACUGACGUUAAUCAUGAGGAAUUUGAAAAAAUGAUUCAAAAUUGGAUUCAUGAAGCUGGCGAGGGGAUUAGCUAUAGUUUUGAGGAAAGAAAUCCAUUUGUGGAAAAUACAAAAUUAGAUGAAACAAAUCCAUUUUGGCUGGCUUUUAAAAAUGUUUGCGAUACUAAUAAAUUAACAUUGGAAUCUGGAAUUUUCACCGGUGGAACUGAUAGUCGUUACAUUCGAUCUUGUGGAGUUCCUGCAAUCGGAUUUUCGCCAAUAAACAAUACACCAGUGCUUUUACACGACAAUAAUGAAUUUCUAAACAAGGAUGUCUUUUUACGUGGAAUACAAAUUUACGAGAAACUUAUCCCAGCCAUUGCCAAUGUAUAAAGAAAAUUAUGAAGCCCAACGAGUAUUUUUUAUAUAAUCAACAAGAAGAAUACAAAACAAAUAUUAAUCUCAUUACCAAAAAGAAAUACAAAAUAUAACCAGAAAUUAAUAUUAAUUCAACAAAGUGCUAUGAUAGUAAGCUUUAAAUAGACUUUAAAGUCCAAAGAUUACGUCCUAAUUACUCUUAUAACAAAAAGAAAAAAUACACAAAAAAAAACUCGAAAGGAAAAAAAAAUCAUUACUGAUAAAUAUUUUAAUCGAAUAUUAACAAAGACUGCACCCAGAAGACUAAAAAAAUCAAAAUACUUUACAAGAGAAUUAAUUUACAAACAAGCAUUAAAAGAUUUUGAAAAGAGAGGAAAAAGCCGAAAAAGUUUUAUAUUAAUUGGAAGUUUUCUGUUAAUUAUUUAAAGAAUUUUACGCACGUUAUUAAAUUAUUGAAUAUCGUUUAAAUCAAUGAAUUUAGAAGAAAUUUAUUGACACUACGAUGAAUGGACAAUUUUUACGAAGAAGAAGAAGAAAAUAAUCUUAACAGUUUACCAAAGAUGAAAACAAAAACAGUUUGGAAUUUAUUUGGAAAAAUCGUCGCUUGAUUUUAAUGAAUUACAUAUCAAAAGAAUGCAUAUAAAUAAGUACGUUAAAUUUGUUAUCAAUUGUUGAAAAAUAUAAUUUUUACCAGAGUUAAAAUAUACAUAUAUAUAUAAUUGAA